AGGAGACAUGUUGUCUCAGAGUCAGUCCUUCAGGUCCUGUAUGUCUCCAAUGUCAGAGUACAGUGAUUUCACUUUGAUUAAACCCAGCAGCACCACUGACUUUAAGGAGGUGAUCAGUGUUCUGGAUGCGUCUCUACCCGACAGCACCUGGACCUUUGAGAGCCAGCAGCGGACCAAGGAUGACAAAGACAAUGGGAUACCGAGACUGGAGAUGGCUCGCGCUUUGGUGGCAUCAUUUCUUUCUCUUGUGGAGUACAAUAAACGGACAGACUCGUUACAGCAUCCCGGAGGAACUGAAACAGGGCUCUGUGGUAGGAAAUCUAGCCAAAGAUCUGGCUUUGGGACUAUCGGACAUUUUUGAUCGUAAAAUGCGUGUCGCCUCUGAGGCUGGUAAGCAGUAUUUCAGCGUUGAUGCAGGGAAGGGCGAGCUGGUGGUGAAUGACAGAAUAGACAGAGAGACUCUAUGUGGACAAAGCGCCAGCUGUGUGUUGCCUCUGCAAGUAGUUGUUGAAAAUCCUUUACGGUCUCAUCGAAUUGAAGUGGAAAUAAGAGACAUAAAUGAUAAUUCUCCUAGUUUUCUUACACAGGAGAGUAACCUUAAUAUACCAGAAUCAGUUGCACUAGGCAAACGUUUUCCUUUGGAGAGCGCGGAGGACCCUGACGUUGGAAGCAAUUCUUUGAAAACGUACUCACUAAGCAAAAAUGAAUAUUUUUCUUUAAAAUACAAAGACACAAAGAAUGGUAAAGCUGUCCCAGAAUUGGUGUUAGAAAAGCCAUUAGACCGUGAAAAGAAUGCUCUCCAUCAGCUGCUUUUGACCGCAUUAGAUGGAGGAAACCCGGUCACAUCGGGAACCUGUAAGAUUAUCAUUAACGUACUUGACAUCAAUGACAAUUUUCCGGUAUUCAACGAAAAUGAAUACAAAGUGUCUUUAAAGGAGAACAGCACCAAAGGAACAUUUGUAAUCAAACUUUCAGCUACAGAUGCCGAUGAUGGUCUUAAUGGUCAAGUUAAAUAUUAUUUUGGGUCCCGUACUCCAGAUUCAGUGUUAUCAACAUUUGAAAUAAAUGAUAUAACGGGACAAAUUGUAUUAAAGGGGGCACUAGAUUUUGAGAGGUCUAAAUCAUACCUUAUUGAAAUAACUGCUAAAGACAAAGGCAUUCCGGAGAUGGAGGGUAACUGUCGUGUACAACUGGACGUAGAGGACAUCAAUGAUAAUGCUCCUGAGAUUGUGCUAACUUCAAAACCCAGUCCUGUACCCGAAGACGCACCAGGUGGCACAGUAGUGGCUUUGAUCAGUGUACGAGACCUUGACUCCGGUGAAAACGGUAAAGUGACACUUCGGCUUCCCAAAGGUUCUCCUUUUAAUCUGAAUCCAUCCUUCUCUAAUAAUUACGAACUGGUAACCAGUGGUCCUUUAGACCGAGAGAGUUUCUCAGAGUAUAACAUUGAGAUAACAGCCACUGAUUCAGGCUCUCCUCCUCUGUCGAGUAAGAAAAUUAUAGCUGUCAGCAUCACUGAUGUGAAUGACAACCCCCCUAUAUUCAAGCAGCCAUCCUAUUAUGUGUAUUUAAAAGAGAACGGGGUACCAGGCUCUAUACUGUACUCAGUUUCAGCAUCGGACCUGGAUUUUGGUGAAAACGCCAAAAUCUCUUAUUCCAUCCUGGACUCUAAAGUGCAGGACGUUUCUGUCUCAUCGUAUGUUUACAUUAACUCAGAUAACGGCAGCAUCUACAGCAUGCACUCGUUUGACUAUGAGAAACUGAAGGUGUUUCAGAUUCAGGUCCAGGCAAAGGAUCAGGGCUCUCCGUCUCUCAGCAGCAACGCCACUGUCCAUGUUUUUAUCCUGGACCAGAACGACAACGCCCCCGCUGUUAUUUACCCCUCCUCCGCUGCCCUGGGCUCCCUCUCCCAUCAGAGGAUGCCCCGCUCCGCUAAAGCGGGACACCUGGUUACUAAGCUGACGGCCGUGGACGCUGACUCGGGCCAUAACGCCUGGAUCUCCUACAAACUAACGGAGGCCACAGACGCCUCUCUGUUCACGGUCAAUCUGUACACAGGGGAGGUGAGGACUAAACGCGCUGUGUCCGAGCAGGACGACUCCUCUCAGAGGCUGCUUAUAGAGAUCAAGGACGACGGGGAACCGGUCCAGUCCGCCACCGUCACGGUGUCCAUCCUGCUGGAGGACGGCCUCCAUGAGCCCAUUUUAGACCUCCGACAGAAAGUGUCCGAGCCCAGCAAGAAAACUGGGAGAAUCACUCUGUAUUUGAUUCUCUCUCUGGCCUCGGUGUCCGUGCUGUCUCUGGUGACGUUUCUCAUCUUAGCGGUUAAAUGCAUGAGGAGCAGCAGAAGCAGCGACAGUUGCUGCAUGACACGGAGCGACUGUGAUAAUUACAAGAACCCCAACAGAAACCUGCAGAUUCAGCUCAACACUGAUGGACCUAUCAAGUACGUGGAGGUCCUGGGAGGAGACAUGUUGUCUCAGAGUCAGUCCUUCAGGUCCUGUAUGUCUCCAAUGUCAGAGUACAGUGAUUUCACUUUGAUUAAACCCAGCAGCACCACUGACUUUAAGGAGGUGAUCAGUGUUCUGGAUGCGUCUCUACCCGACAGCACCUGGACCUUUGAGAGCCAGCAGGUGAGCAGAGAGUAAAGUAUUCUUCUAUAUGUAUACUCUCACAAAAUGAUUCUAUUUUUCUCAGGUUUUUGUUUGAGUGGCGGGGGGGAGUGCUUGGCUUUGAGGGCAGGUUUUAUUUUCUACUUACGUUUAAAGCAUUAUCACACUCAGGUUUAUAUUUUCUACAUUCUUACGAGACUUACACGUUUCCUUUUAGCGAUGAUAUUCCUAUGGUCUUCUUCUGACGUCAUUUUCCAAUACCUGUUCAUCUUCUGAAACAGCUCACUGAAUAAACAAAAUGAAAGAAUAUUAAUGCUGCUUCAGCACAAUCCAGGUUUUGAGAUUUACAAAGACUGCCCGUUACUGACGGUCAUGAGUGUCUGAUUUGUGGCUUGAUAAUGACUCAAACAGCAACGGAAAAAAGCAACAAUCAUUUUGAGAAUUGUUCAUUGAUCUAUUAAAAUACUAUGUGCAGGAAGUAUUGUGUUCCAAUUAAUUACAUAUUUGAGUGUGGAUUUCAUUUUGUACACCUGGCUAGAUUGAGGUGAAUGUUAUAAUAUACAUUGCAAUAUGAAUGAAUUUAGAGGAAAUA